GACCUCAAUAAUGUAACGCGAAGUGCUGAGGAGGCGCAGCAAGAUACACAUGUCGACGAAGAAAGUACAGAUGAUGCAGAUGAGAUAGUUGACGAGGUGGGGAGCUCUCCCAGAGAUGUAAAGGGCACCAAGAGGCAGCUGGACGCGGAGGAGCCGAUGGGAGAUGUUGACGGGAUAGAGGACGUAGCUGAAGACGACGAGGAGGCAGACAGAGGGGAGGGUACGGAUCCGACAGCCAAGCAGAAAAAGUGUCGUUUGGUGUGCAAGGAGUGCGGAGAGAGGUUCCCCCGGCGUGAGAUGUUCAAUCUUCAUCGCCAUUUUCACGCACACGGGGACGAGCUCACGCCUCUCACCUGUAAAGAAUGCGGCCUUACCUUUCAGCACCGCAGCAGCCUCAUUAAACAUAGAAACGAACACAAAGAAAAGGAGGAGCAGCUCCUCGUUCCCAAAAAGGAAGCGCAAACCAUGGAAGUGGGUAGCUUUGAAUGUGCAGAGUGUGAGAAGAUCUUCUCGACAGUGGAUAAGCUGAGAGACCAUAACUGCUUCAAAACAGUAGAAAAGCCUUACCACUGCCCCCUGUGCCGCCAAGAGUUCCAGUUUAGGGCGUCUGUCACUAAGCACAUGAUGACACACUCCCAGGAGAGAAAAUUUACAUGCCAAGAGUGCAGUCAAACGUUCCCGAACGUUAUGGUCCUGCGCUACCACCAGCGAUGUCACACGGCCCUGAAACCCUACGAGUGCCCUGAAUGCGGCAUGGUCUUCAAACACUACUCGGUCAUGGAAGACCACCGUCGCAAGCACACAGACAACACACGCUCUCACCUGUGCAACAUCUGCGGUAAGGCCUUCAAAUACAGCAGCCUCCUCCAUCAGCACCAGUAUCUGCACACAGGCCAGAAACCCUUCCGCUGCCCUGAAUGUGGUAAAAAAUUUGCCUUUGCCCAGAACAUGAAGGCACACUGUCGCCAGCAUAGACGUCGGCAAACAAACUUAACCACUGAGCAGGCCCCUGUGGCCCCACAUAUGGCAGUUAGAGGGGUGGGGAAAGAGAACACGCACCAGAUUGAGGAAGCCAAACGUACAUUUAACUGCCCCCUUUGUCCCCAAACAUAUUUGGCACCGGCCAACUUGAGAGCUCACAUGCUGAUUCACGAAGCUGAGUAUGAGAAGCUGGAGAGAACACCCAGACCCCCGACUGAGAUUAACAAGGUCUGGGAGAAAGGACUCACCUGUCCCCACUGCCCGAGUAUUUUUCGUGAAGAAUCUGCUUUAAAUGUACAUCUGUUAAGUGUCCACAAGUCUGUAACACAAUUUGCUGAAGAGGUACAAGCCCCGCCUAAAAAACAAAUUAUUCCCAUAAGCAGCGGAACUGUGCAGGGAAAGUGGAGAAGCGAAGGUCUGAAGUCUUACAAAUGUUCUGAGUGUGCCAAGACUUUCCGCCACCGCUCAGUGUUAGAGCUGCAUAUGCGCAUACAUUCCAAGGACAAGCCUUACCAGUGCAAAGUGUGUGGCAAGGGCUUUAGGUUCAGUAGCUACUUACAGCAGCAUCUCAUCAUCCAUACAGGCAAAAAGCCAUACAAAUGUCCCGACUGUGGGAAGGACUUUGCCUUUAUGCAGAACAUGAAAACACACCAGAAGCUGCAUCAGGAAAAACCGUUUCGCUGCACAAGUUGCCGCAAAGGCUACAGCGAUGAAACCCAACUGCAGCAACAUAUGUUAUCACACAAUGGUGACAAACCUCACAAGUGUGACCAGUGUGAUAAGAGCUUUGGAUUGGCCUAUCUGCUCCGGGAUCACAUGAACACACACACAGGGGAGAGACCCCAUCACUGCAAUGAGUGUAAUAAAUCUUUUUCCUGGUUUAGCAGCCUUCUUGUGCACCAGAAAAUCCACAAUCGCAAGCGGCAGGGUUUCAGCCAGUAUAAUUCUUUCCCCAUGGCUACUAGGAUGAGAGGCAGGGGCAGCAGGGGGAGGAGAGGAGAGAGGUGGGGCUGGUCUAGACAAUUAGGGGGCUCAGGGAUCGUUAGUUCUCAGGCAUCUCCUUAUCCAGUUUCUGCACUGAGAGAUGCUGAGUUGCACAGAAGGGCAAUCCAGACACAAUCCUCCAUGCUCCAAUCUCGCAUAGAUUUACAAAGCAGACAGCAGAAAGAGCCAUGGCUGCCUGACCUUCAACCUCAACCGGUGCAGUGGAAGGUCGACGGUGAUGAGGUAAUGCCUGUCCCAUCAUCACAGCAGCAGCUCGCAGCUCCACAGCAAACACAGUUUGAGAGCCCGCCACUUUCAGGCCUACAGCAGCAGCACCACCAGAGGAGUCCAGGCUGGGCUGAUAGCCCUUCGAUAUCUCAGUCAGGCUCCACAUCUGCUCAGAGCUCCGAAUCAUCACAAAUGAAAGAAAGUCCAGCUUCUGUUGUCAGCUCCUUCCUGGCAGCUGUACCACAAAAAUCCAGCCCGUUAGGAGUGAGCGAGAUGGAGCAGCAGAGGCAGCUCAAACCUGUUACUUGGAGUAGCCCACCCACAUCCACAGUUUUAGCUUCCACAAGCUCUUUGCAGCAUGAUUUUUCUAUUCCGUCAUAUAUAGAUGCGGCAGCACUGUGGAGUAUCAGACCUGCACUGUUGGCAAAUUCACAGAGCUCGCCAAAGUUUUGUCCGGAGCUUCAGCUGGCAAGAUGGCCAGGCUCCCCAGUGUCAACACAAAAGGAGCCGUCCACACCUCCUAAAAAAGAGGACAGUAGAGUGUGGGACCUGAGUAACCCUCAGGUUAUACCAUCGACUGUUAGCCAGCACGAGAAGCCAUGGAACGGCUGUGAGCUGCAAAAGCAGUGGGCUCCAGGCUUAACGGGUGCAUCGACAUCAGCUCAAAUAGACCAAAGUAGUGCAAUGCCAAUUUCAACUCCUGUUUCUCACGGGGUAGGUAGCACCUUGUGGGAUAUACAAACACCACCGGGUAUUCCAAAGACCAUAAACUCUGAGAAAUUAGUAAAUAAUCAAGAUUUUCAGCUGCAGCAAAAGCAGGUGUUGUCUGGCUGGGCCAACGUACAAAGCCAGACAUCACAGAAGGUUCCUAUCUCCAUUCAAUACGAGCCUCAUCGUUUCAGCCAGGGGAUGGGAACACCAGUAUGGGGCUUCCAAAGUAAUCCUGUGGGUCCUGCAACGCUGCUCACUGGGCAACUCAAACAAGGGAAUGGACAGGAGCUGCAGCAACAGCCAAUGGUAUCAGGAACUCAAAUAAUCAUAAAUCAGCCUUCCCCCUUUUUCUCCUCUCCACUUGCUCCACUCCCCCCUUCUCUAGCUUUGCCUGGCUCUCACCCUCUUCACUCUGUCGCAGUUGGUGCUCUUUCAAGGCCGCCACACCCAAAUAUUUUUUUCACGCCACAGGCAGUCAUGAGCGAGAGGUCACACAUGCCACAGACUCUAGCCCUACCUCAGCUUGCCCCUCCGACAGAGCCUCACAAACUUGGACCCCGUUUGCCUUUUGCCCCAGAACGGCUCCUCCAGUGCAUGAUAUGUGGGUGCUCUCUACCACGGGAGCUGGAUCUGCAAAUGCAUUACUUGCAACAUGCACAAGGGGAGAUAUGACAUUUCUACACUAGCAACAAAACUUAGUUUUUUCAAAAUAUUUUUUACCCCAGUGGGACCUCAUUUAUUUCACCCUUAGUUGUGUUGUUUGGCCAGUCAAGUGGCUGGGCAUUAGAAAGAAAAUAUAAAAGUGAAACUUGAUUUAUGAAAAUUUGUUAAGAUUGAUGCAUAUAUGUGCCAUUUAAUUACUUUCACCAUCUUUUAUUAUGCAUUAAAGUAAUACAAAUACUUACCUGGUUUAAACAACUCCUGGUGGUGCAGAUAGUUGAGGUCUUACACUCUUCAUUUCAUUUAUUGCCUAUGACGUUUAGAUUUAGAUAUAAUAGUAUUUUUUUUAGCUCUGUUCAUAUGUCUCUGAAACUGUUUCUUCAUGUACAGUAUACUGUGUGCCUUUUAUAAGUACAGUCUGCAUGUCUGCUGUCUUGAUAUUCUAGGCCUAGUUUGUGCUUAAAGUAGACUCAACAAUGUGACCUCACUCCCUGAACACAAACUUUUUCCAACAUCCUGUAAGGAAUUGUUAGUUUUUGCUUUUGAGGAGGGGGGUGGAUUGUUGGGCCCAAAGAUUACAUGCGUCAGAAAAACAAUGAAAAGCUGACUGCAUACAGUACAGCCUUGUUAGGAAGCACUUUUAUUCACAGGGCGAAUGUCCAAAUAUCUCAAGUAAAGUUCACAUCAUGGUAAAUUUGGAAAGAACAAAAUAAUGUGUAAACAAAUCUGAUGUUUACAUCCUUUCUCAGUACAAAUGUUACUCUUAAGAUUAUAAGAAAAAGGGAGAAAGUUGCUUUAAAACAUGAUUGAUGACACUGUUGUUAAAUUGUGAUUUUUUUUAAUUUAAAUUGACUUUGGCUAUAUGUGAGGAUUUGUCAUUAAUAUAUUAAAUAUGGCAAAACGAACAUAAACUGAUGUUAUAAAGUGGAUGAUAUGCUAUCAUCAGUCCAUUUUCAGAUGAUGUGUACUUGACAAUUCUAUGUCAAAGUGAUUCUGGGCGGCACUAUUUGGCACUGUGCGAAUCAGAUGCAUUGUGCAUCUCUUAACAGAAUGAGUAUUUCAGAUUGGAAUUGAUCCAUGUUUAUAAAACAAUGUCUGCUUUUGAGUACAAUUCAUUGUGUUUUUUGUGAAUACUGAAUGACUUCAUUCCAUAACUGUAGAUUUAGUACACAAUCCCGUCUCCUCUUACAACAACGGGCCAUUGAGUAGCUUCGGUUGCCCAAAAACUGACUGAAAAUCUUAAUUUCUACUGUAAAAUAAACACAUGGUCAAUUUGUUAAAGAAAACUGUCCCUUUGUGUCUUGACCUUUAGAGUCUGAAGGUUAAAAAACAUGUGUCCUUCUACCUCUAUCCACUGUUUAAGCAUGGAAAGAAAUAGAAAUUUCCCAUGAUGUCUACAUAUUGUAAUUAAUAAAACUUGCCUUUGAUUAUAA